AUUUCAGUUUAAAAAGAAUAUGGCCGUGUUAGGGCCAAAUGUGAGUGUAAAUAUGAACGGUCAUAGUAAUAUUCAUAGUCAGUUAACUAAAUCGUUGGAAAGAAUUUUAGAAGAUGCGUAUUUAAGUGGUGAGUUAAAAUUAAGCGGACGAAAGUUAAGAGAGUUCCCGAAACCAGUGAAAUAUGACUUGAGUGAUACAGUUGUUGCUGAUUUGUCAAAAAAUCGGUUCAGUGAAUUGCCGGAGGAAGUGACAACGUAUAUAUAUUUAGAAAAAUUAUUGUUAUCACAAAAUAUCAUAAGGAGUAUACCAGAUGCAGUCGGUGGAUUACAAUCGCUCACAUAUUUAGAUCUCAGUUCAAACCAGCUAACAGAACUACCGCGUGAAGUAUGCAUGAUGCCGUUGCAAGUCCUUCUUUUACCAGACAACCUACUAACAAGUCUGCCGAAAGAGAUCGGUAAAAUGUCAUCCUUAGCUGAUCUGGACGCAUCAAAUAAUAGGCUGACACAAGUUCCAAUGACCUUGGGAGACUGCGCUGGUCUUCGAUGUUUAGACCUCAGUAAUAACCAGCUAGGGUUGCUACCUUUACAGAUCACAUACCUCAGACUCGAACACUUGGACGUCAGCUGUAAUUGUAUAUCCUCGCUUCCAUUAGAGCUUCGCAAUAUGAACACGUUGAUAACUUUGAAUUUGGACAACAAUCCACUCGUCUCCCCUCCGACUACAAUAUGCAUGCGCGGGCGUGUACAUAUAUUCAAAUACUUAGAGAAUAUGGCUAUAAAGGAUUCGUUGCCAGCUCAUAAACGAGUCGACGAAACCAAGCGAACGGCGAAGCACACCUCGUACAUCAGCUCGCCCAAUACUGGGACACAUCAGAUCACGUCUGGUAACGCGACUAUUGACUGUCUGAGGCACAAGCCGAGACAUGUUGUGGAUAGUGGGUACUGCACUGAUGGUGUGGACAAGAGGUGGUCGAAUGAUGCGUGUGGAGAAUCCGGCGGAGGGUCAGGUCGGUCCACCCCCAGCACACCCUCGACUCUAUCACCGGGCGCCGCACUAUCGAGAGCUCAGUCGCUGUCCAGCGAAACUCCCCUCGCCCCCCUCACGCCUAUACUCACAGGGUACGUAUUCGAAUGUUCUAGAAUAUAUCACAACCUAGACACACUAGAUGAUAGACCAUGUAUAAAUUGUGUGAACCAGUAUAUGUGUAGUCAAGGUCACUAUAUUACAGCUUACUGGGCCCUCCGUAUAUCACCUGAAGGGAACAUUUCAAAUGGCGAGGAUAAGAGUAAAUUAGCUCAUCAGCAAACAUACAGACAAUACAAAGAAGCCUUAAGACAGCAGCGCCAGCAAGAUGUAUACCGACCGCGCUGCGAUCAACCCUCCCCAUCCCCCGAGUUGGACAACCCCCAUUCCCUAACCCAGAGUCCGGUGCACUUCCAGAAAUCACCUCACUCCCCAAUCAACGGUUACAGUAACGUAUCACCCUAUAACCGAUCUUUAUCCUCAAACUCCACCCCAAACACAUCCACAAUCGCCCCAAACUCCCCAAUCCUCCACUCUACCCCCCGUAGGUUUCAAGCCCAAAACGGCAACCAGGAGAAAACCGAAGAAACAAAACGACCCGUCCAAAAAGUCGUUCCGUCGCGAAACGUGAAUAAAAUGUACUCGUCCGUCAACGGUAACGUCGAUUAUACGCGAUUGAACGGUUCGGAGGCGUAUUCAAAACCGACAUCUCCCACGAAGUCACCGACUAACACUAUAGGUUACAAUGUAAAGUCGAAUAUACCGCGAACGGUGAACGGCGAUGCGAAAUUGUUAACGACAACGGUUUCGUACUUGAAAGGUGCGGGAGCGAAGCCUGCGGUCAAGAUCGCGUGGAACAAAGACACGCCGCCGGAUAAACUAAGCUUCACGAUGAAAAGGGAGUUCGACAAGCAGAAAGAGGAGUCGGACUUACUGCAGCAAUUGAGGACGAUAAUCGAGUCGCGGCUGAAGAUGUCGCUGCCGGAGCAGCUGGCGCCGGCGCUGGCGGACGGCGUGGUGCUGUGCCACCUCGCCAACCACGUGCGCGCGCGCGCCGUCGCCUCCGUGCACGUGCCCUCGCCCGCGCAGCCUAAAUUAACAAUGGCAAGAUGUAGAAGAAAUGUCGACAACUUCCUGGAGGCGUGUCGAAAAAUUGGAGUCGAAGAGGAGGAGCUGUGCUCGCCCGAUGACAUUCUGAGCGAGCCCAGCGUGCGCGCCCGCCGCGCGCUCGCGCGCACGCUGCGGGCGCUCCUGGCACACACGCACGCGCCCGACACGCGCCGCCCGCCCCCGCCACCGCCCCCGCGACGCGACUCCCUCGCGCACCACCACCCUCGACACCUCCACGAUUCUCCACAACACCCCCACGAUCCACCCCAACACCUCCACGAUACCCCUCAACACCCCCACGAUUCACCCCAACUCCGCAACGAUUUCUCCCAACACCCCCAAAAUUUCCCCCAAUAUCCCAACGAUUCUCCCCUACACUCGUACGAUUCCCCCGAACCGCUACCCGCGAGCCCCGAAUUCGAUACCAUCGAAGUUAACUACAAUCGACGUAACCGAUACAGCGACGACAGGUGCAUAAGCAACUUCAAUUACAACGACCAGGAUUACACGUUCGAUGAAUCCGAGGAGUUCCAGUAUGAUAACAAUAACGAUUCGCCCCCCUGCGUCCAGUACUCCCCGGUCUAUAGCGACGAACUGAGAGCCAGGGGACCGUACUAUCAAAAGAACAGGAUACAGUUCGUGACGCCGUUUUGUAAGGGCGAUGGAGUGUUGAAGAGUGACAAUUUUGAAAUUUAUGACACGGAUGAAGUCGAUUUUCCGAUGGAACUGAGCGAAGAGACGGUCGAUGUAAAUAGAUACGACAGGGGAAAGAUGAAUCUUGAUAUACAGACAAAUUACCAAUCACAAUCAACGACGGAACUCGAAUCGGCGAGAGAGAGAGAGAAUAGAAUCUUCUAUACUUGUCUCUGCAUCGGAGGCUUUAUUUUGUCUGCGAUUAAGCUGAUGUGCUGUGCGGCAGACGUCUUAGAGGGGAAGGGGACCGUGCAAGUCGCAAUCACAGUGACAGAGUUACUCCGACGACAUACGUCUUUGCGUGACGUAACGCCCGCGACACAUUCGACACUAGCGACACAUGCCUCCCCGGUGACACAAACGGCCGCCCCGACCACCUAGCGCCAAAAACUCGCCGUCGCGCCACUUUCAACACUCUCUCUCUAACCGGAUAUCCGGCUCGAAGGACUAUGUUAUGAAGAAUGGGUCUAUACGUGUCUAGCUUUUAUGUUUAUGCGUAAAGUGACUUAUAACUAGUUGCGACUAGUUGGGGAAGUCGAGUUUUGACGUGUGAUUUUUAUUCGUGCUACCUAUCUCUAGGUUGUUAAUCAGUAAAAAUUAAUAACUAGUCAAUAGCGUAAUGCUGAUACUAUAUUUUGUGCUGCAUUUAAUACUCGUAACGACAGUAUGAUAUGCAUAUAUAUUGACGGAC